AUGCAGAGUACAGAAAUGAAAUUAGAUGUUCAAAAAGGUAUUGAACGAAAGUCCAAAAAUAUUAUAAACCAAGCACCGAAAAGAAAAAGAGGCGAGAGUAGUGACGAGGAGACACCUAGUACCGACUCUGAUGAUGAAAGUAAUUUGGAUUCUUCAUCCGACGACAGCACCGAUGAUGGAAGUACCUCGGAUGACGAGCGGAGGACACACGCUCCUCAUGUGAAUCCACUACAACCAUCAAAAGGUGUAAAACAAGCGAUACCAAUGAUAUUUGAGUUAAAAACACAACAGAACAUCCUCGUGCCUCCGCCACAGACACCAUACGAAGCUUUCCGAUGGUUCCUACCUGAUGAUCUGUUAGAUACAAUAGUGAGAGCAACAAAUGACUUCGUGGCACGUCUGCUAAAUGCCACGAAUGAUUUAGAUAAGAAACAAUUUAGUUCUUGGAAAGAUUUAACUAGAAAUGAACUAUUGAUAUUUUUGGGACUACUCCUGCAUACAGGCACAAUUAAGAUGGAUAAUCUAAGCGAUUAUUGGAAGAAAAAUAAUUUGGUAAAUUUAAAGGUUUUCCCAAUGUUUAUGUCACAAGAACGAUUUUUUGAUUUGUUGAAAUCCCUUAAAUUUGGUCUAGAAGAAACAACUUCCUCAAGUCAUGAUGAUAGUUUAGCUGGUUUUCGAUCCAUCGUCCACAAUUUUAAUAAAACAAUGAAAAAAAUCUAUUAUCCAGGAAAACAGCUGACAGUGGCUAAUUUAAGAACAAAAACAGGUACCAGAAGCGUGGACUCCAUAGUACUCGCCGAUAGCAAUGGUAUUAUUCUUAGGUAUCAAGUGCACAUCGACAAUGAUGAGGUGAGCAAAGAUCAACACAUUUUAGAUUUGUUGGAAGGCUUCGACCAAGGUCAUAUUUUGUACGUGGAGAAAUAUUUUAGUUCUCAUAAACUAGCUGCGGAAUUACUUAAUCACAAAACUUACUGCACAUUACAACUCAAUAGAUCAGAUAAAGACAAACUGUUGCCUGGCACCUCUCAGAUUAAGAUUCGCUUCAAAAACCGGUCCAUCAAGAGUAAAUAUUACUUGACUACGGAACAUGGUCGCGAAAUACUGAUCACUUCUGAAUGCAAAGAGAAGUUUAUGACAAUUAUGAAUUAUAAUAAUUUCAUGAUGACCGAAAAGCUGAAGAAUGCGCUGUCUGACCUCCCGUGCACCAACAGUGGGGCCUCGGGGAACCUGCACCAGAUCCUGCUCAUCCAAGCCCUGCAGAUAUACCUAAACAAUGCUUAUCUACUUUUAAAGUUAUAUAAUAAAAACUACCAUAUGAGUUCCUUCGCUUUUAGGGUGUCAGUGCUAAAGUGUUUGCUGCCGGUAACUGAAAUGGCUUCAACGAAUGCGUAG